CCGGGUCUCGCCGGAGACCGAAGAUGGCGGCCUCUGCCGGCGGUGCAAGGAGGAAGCUGGAGGAGGAAGGGCCUAGGGUCGGGAUGGGCGCGACGGCGUUGCUGCUGCUGCUGCUGCUCCCUCUGAUGGGAGAACUGGCCGCUGGCGGGAAGAUGAAAGUCGUGGAGGAGCCCAACAGCUUCGGGCUCAACAACCCCUUCCUGCCUCCGUCAAACCGCCUCCAGCCCAAAGCGUCCCCUUCGCCUGUGGCGGGACCCGCACAUCUUUUUAGGCUGGUGGGCAAGUGCUUCAGUUAUGUCGAAUCCAUGUACAAGUAUGAGUUCUGCCCCUUCCAUAAUGUCACCCAGCAUGAGCAGACUUUCCGGUGGAAUGCCUACAGUGGAAUUCUCGGAAUCUGGCAUGAAUGGGAAAUUGAAAACAAUACAUUUGUUGGUAUGUGGAUGAGAGAUGGAGAUUCAUGUGAAACCAGGAACCGACAAACAAAGGUUCUUCUUGUCUGUGGAAAGAACAACAAACUGGCUCACGUGUCUGAACCAAGCACUUGUGUUUAUUCUCUUACAUUUGAAACUCCACUAGUUUGCCACCCACAUUCUCUCUUAGUCUAUCCAGCUUUGCCUGAAACCCUCCGGAGGAAGUGGGAUGAAGUGGAACAGUUGCUUUAUUCUGAGCUAAUCACAAAACAGGGAUACAAGAAAUGGUUGAAAGAGAUAUUUGAAGAAGCAGGCUUUUUUAAAUUAACUGGAGAGAAAGUGAGUGAGGGAAAGAAAACAAAGCCUCAACACCUGGAAUUUGAUUCACUGGAAAAGUGCAAUAAGGAGUACAAAGAACUUUCUAAAGAUCUGAAGAGGCUUACAGAUUUACUUACUCAACAUGGAAUUUCGUAUGAAACAAGCCUGAAUGGAAAGAGAGAUGAUAACCGUGCCACUCAGGCAGUUGUGACAGAAAAGCCAUCUCUUACUGUUGUUUCAAAGGCUGAUUGGCACCUGCGUGGAGACACGGGAACAUGGAAUGACUCCCUCUAAGGAAAAAUCCCCCUGGACAACUUGCUCAGCAUUUGGGGUUUUCAAGCAAUUAGAAUUUAAUCCACAUUGUGUGGUUGUACUUGGGUUAUGGAACCUGUGACCCCUCAGAUGAGGCUGGAGUAUAGCUUCCAUCUUUCAGCAUAGGCCACGCUAACUGGACCUGAAGGGAGCUGGGAUUGAACAAGAAGCGUAUGGAAAGUCACAGGUUUCCUAUCCCUCUUCUGUACCCCACAGGGAAGAGCAGAAACUGUUAAAUAUAGGACAGUCUUUUCAGCAGGCCGGUAUCUGGUAGGAGCCUCUGCUGCCAACUCAGGACUCUCUUUUGGAGUGAAGGCAAGUUGAAGUUGUGGCAGCCUUUUUGAGCUUUGUGUCUUAUUGCUUCGUAACAGAGAAUGCUGCAAGUGAGGGCAGCAGUCUUAUGUACUGUGUGGUGUCUUGGGCCAGAAGAGGAUCCAUCCAAUAAAUUCCAGUCCUUAGAAUUUUAUUUAACAAAAGUGCACAGCGACCACAGUAUAGGCGGAGGGACCCAAUACAGGAUUUAUCCCAAAGGAACAUUACAAAUGACCAGUCAGUGUUGCAGGCAUACACUAUGAAGAAAACUUCAAGCAGAACUAGCCCCCUAUGCUUUUUUUUACUCCUAUUAAUUCAGCAGGUCCCUCCACUGCUUUAUGAUAUAUUUCUGAUGGUUUCUACUAGGCUGCUAAGGCAAGAAACUUAACGUACUUGAUUUCUGCCGCCGCUUUCAUUCAUUUCAGCGGGACACGGGGCACGGAGACUGCUGCUCCAUAGGCCAGAUCUGUUUAUCCACCUUGACGAGGCUCAAAAUUGCCCAUCUUGCCUUCCUACCAAGAACCACCUACUUGAUCACAUGAGAUGGCCCACGGCCAGAGCAGAAGUGCCUCUAGCUGCUGUCUUGGUGGUUUGGUCAACUUAGUAGCCGCCAUAAUGCUAUAGGAAUAUCAAACUACACUACAAUAGAUUGUGGGGGUAGAAGAGGAGGGAAAGUCCAAGACUUGGACUAAACACCCCCAAAGACAACAAACAAACCACUCAGGCUAAUAAUGGUUUAAUUCUGGGUGUUGAGUACAUGGGAAACAAUAUGCAGGAGGCGGUGCAGCCAUACGUCAGGAUGGGUGCAAAGAUCUGGAGCCAGCCGAGGUUGGCAAUGUGGGAAGAGAGCUGCUCGUUUUGGGAGCCACUGGUGGGUGAAGCAGCUCACAGAAAGAAACUCAAAGCUCCUUUUCCACAGACUUCCAAGUAACAAGAGUUACUUCCCAUAGAACUUCUUGUUUAGGAGAAAAAUGAGGAGAUUGACAUUCACUUUUGCUCGGUCAAACAACUUCAUGACAGCCACACCUUCAUACUGGAGCUGCAACAGAUCCUGUGGGAGCCAGAGGAGGGGCGGGGAGAGAAAGAGAGAGAAUAAAUUCUCAGCUGCGGCUCCUAGGACACACCUGGUCAGCGCAGAGGCUUGGCCUGUAGCGUUCAUACAUCUUGCCCAUUUUGCACCUCUGAGAUGGGCAAAUCAUACCCCGCAGUCAUUUCUCAAGUAACACAUGCCAUCAUUUUUUUGUGAUGCUUAGCGGAAGCUAUCAAGCUGCUAUAGUGAAGGGUUCUCUGUUUUGCACAGGGUGGGAAGGAACCCUAUUUCAUGCAUUGAUACUUCUCCAAAACUGAUUUCCUCACUGGUAAAAGCAUGGAUGCCAUCCCUGUUGGACAUUCUAAUUUUGUUUUCAGUAAUUUAAGUGCACAUUUUUCUUUAAUGCUGCCAAAUAAGAAAGAAAAAAUGGUUUUCCCAUGAAAGAAUGUACACAUGCCAUUUUGCUGAAAUAAAUUAUUCUGGAAAUGCC